CUCAUAUAGCUCAUAGCUCAUCUAAGCACAAAACGAGCUGCAGUACCUCACUAAACAUUCUUCGUAUUUACUUUCCAAUCAUUUAAAACAAAUUUCACUCAGGAUAAAUAAAUAUUGUUUAAACUAUCAAAUUCUAAAAAACCAUACCUACAUACAUACGUCUGUUUAAAAUAAAAAAAAUAUUCAUUUAAUAUUGUGUGUGUUUUCUAAAUAAUAUAUGUGCAUAUGUAGGUACUUGAAGUAUUACUUAUAUUGUGGUCCAUAGUCUUUAAAUUAUAUACCUACCUACUCUUUUCGUUAAUAUUAAUUUUGUGAAGUGUGAUACAAAAGAAAAACACCUUUAAAAUCUACAAAAUAAGUCCUACAUUAAUUUUUUUUUAAGGACUUGUAGGUACAUUGCUAGAAGGAAUAUAAAAGUGAUUUUUGCAUCGUAAUACAAAUUUGAAGAAAAUCAUAGAAAAUAAAUAAAAUGCCAGCCCGUAUCGCAGAUGAAGUUCUUGUUGACACGAACGCAAGAGACGAAAGGAAUAAUGCUGCUCGCUCAAAAGAUGCCUCGAUUUCUAUUACUGGUUUCUCUGGUCGCUUGCCAGAGAGUUCCAACAUUGAGGAAUUCAAAAAGAAUUUAUUUGAAGGCGUAGAUAUGGUGAACGAUGAUCCCCGUAGAUGGCCUAAAGGUUUAUACGAUCUACCCGAUAGGUUGGGUAAGAUCAAAGAUGAGGACCUGGAAAACUUUGAUCAGCAAUUCUUUUCUGUUCACCAGAAACAAGCAGAGUGUAUGGAUGCCCAAUUACGAAUGCUUUUAGAAGUAACUUACGAAGCUAUAGUUGACGCUGGCGUCAAUCCACAAGAAAUCCGUGGCAGCCGUACAGGUGUUUAUAUAGGUGUUUCAUCCUCAGAGACUGAACAAUAUUGGUGUAACGAUCCUGAUCGUGUCAAUGGAUAUGGUUUGACAGGCUGUGCAAGGGCCAUGUUUGCCAAUCGUUUAUCUUUUACAUUUGAUUUUACUGGUCCCAGCUAUUGUGUAGAUACGGCGUGUUCAAGCUCGCUGUACGCUUUAGAACAAGCUUUCUCGGAUAUGAAACGAGGUGUUUGUGAUAAUGCCGUCGUGGCAGGUGUUGGCCUAAUUCUGAAGCCAACUAUGUCGCUGCAAUUCAAACGACUUAACAUGUUGAGCCAGGAUGGAAAAUGUAAAGCAUUCGAUGAAUCAGGAAGUGGAUACGUCCGCUCCGAUGGAUGUGUUGCGAUAUUCCUGCAAAAUACGAAGCAAGCAAAACGAAUUUAUGCGUCAAUUCUUAAUGUUCGUACAAACACAGAUGGUAACAAAGAACAGGGAAUAACAUACCCUUCGGGAAAAAUGCAAAAUAAGUUGAUUAAGGAAACUUACGAAGAAAUUGGUUUAAAUCCACAUGAUGUUGUUUAUGUAGAGGCUCACGGAACCGGAACUAAAGUUGGAGAUCCACAAGAAGUUAACUCCAUAACUGACUUUUUCUGUAAAGAUAGGCCAACUCCACUUCUAAUUGGGUCAGUCAAAUCAAACAUGGGUCAUUCUGAACCAGCGUCGGGUGUGUGCUCCAUUGCAAAAGUAUUGAUUGCAAUGGAAGAAGGUAUUAUUCCCUCAAACUUGCAUUAUUCCAAUCCAAACCCAGAUUUAUAUGGCUUGGUUGAGGGACGCUUGAAAGUCGUAGACAAGAACAUGAAAUGGAAUGGAGGUAUAAUUGGAAUUAACUCUUUUGGAUUUGGCGGAGCUAAUGCGCAUGUGAUUCUUAAAUCAAAUCCCAAACCAAAAGCUGUCACCCCUCGAGAAGGUCCUCCCAAACUAGUAACUGUUUCGGGAAGAACUUUUGAUGCCGUUCAAAAUUUCCUUGAGGAUGUUGAAAAACACAGGCACGAUGAAGAAUAUUUGGCUUUAAUAAAUGAAAUAUUCCUGAAAAACAUUCCACUCCACUACUAUCGUGGAUAUACCGUCCUCAACAAUAACGGUUCGGCAGUUCGAGAAGUGCUCGAGCAUGUAGAUGAAAAACGACAAAUCUGGUUCAUUUACUCCGGAAUGGGUAGCCAAUGGGCUAAUAUGGCGAGGGAUCUCAUGUCAUUUGAAGUUUUUAGCCAAAGCAUUCAUCGAUGCUCUGAAAUAUUGCGACAAGUCGGAAUGAAUUUAAUGGACAUUUUGCUUAACUCCACUGAUGAAAGUUUCGACAACAUCAUGAACUCGUUCACGGCUAUAGCUGCAGUUCAAAUCGCUUUAACAGAUAUGCUCACAAGUCUAGGAAUACAUCCGGAUGGAAUUAUUGGUCAUUCGGUUGGUGAAUUGGGAUGUGCCUACGCUGAUGGAUGCUUCACUCCAGAACAAACUGUUUUAGCUGCUUACUGGCGUGGAAAGAGUUUGCAAGAUACAAAGUUGGCAAAAGGAAAAAUGGCCGCCGUAGGAGUUAAAUGGGAGGACUGCAAUGGCUUGCUUACUCCAGGUGUUUUUCCAGUUUGUCACAAUAGCGAAGAUAAUGUAACUAUUUCUGGUCCGGAGGAAGAAAUAAACUCAAUGGUAGAAGUAUUAACGGCGAAAGGAAUAUUUGCAAAAGCUGUCAACUCUUCGGGGUAUGCUUUCCACAGCAAAUAUAUCGCCGAUGCUGGACCAAAACUUCGCAAGAGUUUGGAAAAAAUCAUUCCAAACCCUAAGAACCGUUCUGCAAGAUGGAUAAGUACAAGUAUUCCAGAAACCGCAUGGAACACUCCUGUGGCUAAGCAAAGUUCUGCAGCUUACCACGUGAAUAAUUUGUUGUCACCUGUUCUUUUCUAUGAAGCUCUUCAAAAAGUUCCUAAGAAUGCAAUUUGUAUUGAAGUUGCUCCGACUGGACUCCUCCAGGCUAUUCUCAAACGUGCACUUGACAGCUCUUGCACGAACCUAAGUUUGAUUAAACGAAACCAUGAGAAUAACGUUGAGUUUUUCCUUUCAAAUAUUGGUAAAUUAUAUGCCGCCGGGGCUCAACCAAAUAUCUUGAAGAUGGUUCGCCCAGUAUCGUUCCCAGUUGGCAGAGGAACUCCAAUGUUGAAUUCAAAACUCGGGUGGGACCAUUCACAAAAAUGGAUGGUUCCAAAAUAUGGUAGUGAAACAUCAUCUGGAGAAACUGUUGUCGAGAUAAAUUUAGCUGAUGAAGGUGAUGCCUUCUUGUCGGGUCAUACCAUCGAUGGAAGAAUAUUAUUCCCAGCAACCGGUUACAUGACUCUGGCAUGGAAGACCUUUAGCAAAAUGCGAGGAUUUGAUUUCCAUCGAACACCAGUCAUAAUCGAAAACGUCGUUUUUCAUCGGGCAACAAUUUUAAACAAAGAAAAUGUUGUAAAGUUUGGUAUUAAUUUCUUUGAUGGAAGUGGUGACUUUGAAAUUUGCGAGGGCGGAACUCUAACUGUUUCAGGUAAAAUUUCGGUUGCUGAAAAAGUUUCAAACGAAGAGCUGCCACAGCAAAUACAAGAGGCCAACAACCCUCCUAUGGAGUUGAAGUUGAAUGACGUUUACAAAGAAUUGCGUCUGCGAGGAUACGAUUACGGUGGAGAAUUCAAAGGAAUUGUAUCAUCUGAUAUUAAUGCCACAUCUGGAUACCUUGCCUGGACCGAAAACUGGGUCAGCUUUAUGGAUACUAUGUUGCAAUUUAGUAUUUUGAAAAAGGAUCUCCGUGAUUUGUAUUUGCCAACUCGUAUUGACAAGGUUAUUAUAAAUCCAACUAAACACUACAACAUGAUCCAGGAAUUAGACAAUGCUUCUGAUGAUAAAGCUUUGAAAGUAAAUGCAUUCGAGUAUUUGAAUGUAAUUCGGAGUGGAGGUGUAGAAAUGCGAGGUUUGAAAGCUUCUCUAGCACCUCGCCGUUCUGGAUCGCAAAAUCAGCCAAAACUGGAGCGUUAUGCAUUUGUGCCUAGCAAAAAUACGAAUGAUUUACAUGAGAACCCAACAACAGCUCGCAUGUAUGCGCUAACUGAAGCACUACAUAUUGUUUUGGAAAAUUCCGCGGGAGCAAUGAAAAUAAAAGUGGUAGAAUUGGAUAAUAACCGUAGCGCCGAUGUGCUUUUGGCCCAAACCAUUUUACGAGUCAUAGAAGAUGAACCUACAAUCGCAGCAGAUGUGGCAAUUGUUACAAGCAGUCAAGAAGAACACAUUACUACUACUCUAGGAGAGACUGACGUUCGCGUGGUAAAGAAAAAUAUUGCAGUGGAAGAAGUUGAAAAGAAUUGUCACAUGGCAUUGGCCUACGAUCUUUUAUCAAUGGAAAAUUCAAACAGUUUAAAGAAUAUACUCAAAACUAUUAAGGAGGACGGUUUCAUUUUGUUCGAUGAGAGUAAUUUGGAGUAUCAGAAAACGGGCGGUUCUGUUUUGAAAAUGCUCGAUUUAGUUCCUAUCGUUGAACAAAAAUAUGGAGAUCGUUUAUUCGUUCUGGCCCGUUUGUCGACUAACAUUGAAAAAAGAAAUAGUUGCGUUGUUCACAUCACUAAUAAGAAUUUCGAGUGGGUAGAAGAACUUAAAGCGUGCCUUGCCGCAAGCGAGUUAGAAAACAAAUUUGUUUAUGUUGUAUCAGAAAAUGAGGAGUUCUCAGGAGCUGUUGGAUUCUUAAACUGCUUGAAAAAUGAAGCCGGUGGUAAAUUUGUGCGAAUGAUUUACAUUGAAGACAAAGCGGAACCGUUUUCUUUAACAUCUCAAUUUUAUAUUGAACAGUUGCGAAAGGAUCUUGUUGCUAAUGUCUAUAAAAACGGUUCAUGGGGAACAUAUAGGCAUUUCAUUAUUGACAACCAGAAUGAUAUUGCAACUCUGCCAGUCGAACAUGCCUAUGUUAAUGCUUUAGUAAAGGGUGAUCUUGCAAGUUUGAAGUGGAUUGAAGGUCCAGUUCCAAAAUCUACAGCUGCAAGCUCAAAUGGAGACUAUGAAUUGUGUAGUGUUUAUUACGCACCUAUAAAUUUCAGAGAUGUCAUGUUGAGUUCUGGAAAACUUUCAGCUGACGCGCUUCCAGGUGACUUGGCUCAACAAGAUUGUGUCCUUGGUCUUGAAUUUGCUGGACGGGAUUCGACGGGUAAAAGAAUUAUGGCUAUGGUUCCUGCAAAAUCUUUAGCAUCGACUUGCUUAGCUAGCAAACGUAUGAUGUGGGCUAUACCCGAUAACUGGUCAAUGGAAGAAGCAUCAACAGUUCCUUGUGUAUAUGCGACAGUGUAUUAUGCACUUGUUGUACGUGGUCAAAUGAAAAAAGGAGAAGCUAUCCUAAUUCAUGCUGGUUCGGGUGGUGUUGGACAAGCAGCCAUUUCUGUUGCCUUAAGUCACGGAUUGACUGUGUUCACUACUGUAGGAAGUGUUGAGAAACGCGAGUACUUAAAGAAGAGGUUCCCUCAACUUCUUGACAGUCAUAUUGGAAACUCAAGAAAUACUACCUUCGAACAGAUGGUUAUGAAUGAAACAAAAGGAAAGGGUGUUGAUUUAGUUCUCAAUUCAUUGGCCGAAGAGAAACUGCAAGCUUCUGUUCGGUGUCUUGGACUCAAUGGGCGUUUCCUGGAAAUUGGCAAGUUUGAUUUGAACAACAAUUCCCCCUUGGGUAUGUCUGUGUUUUUGAAAAACACUUCAUUCCAUGGAAUCCUGCUCGACAGUGUUAUGGAAGGAGAAGAAUCUAUGCAAGAUCAAGUUGUUAAGCUUGUUGCUGAUGGUAUUAAGAGCGGUGCUGUCCGUCCAUUACAGACAUCUGUGUUUAACGAAAUGCAAAUUGAACAGGCAUUCCGAUUCAUGGCCUCUGGAAAACACAUCGGCAAGGUAGUUAUUAAAGUUCGUGCCGAAGAGACAACCAAAUCACCACUAAAACCAGAUCUUCGUAUGUUUAACGCAAUUCCUCGAACAUAUAUGCAUCCCGGAAAAGUCUACAUUCUUAUUGGAGGACUUGGCGGCUUUGGCUUGGAGUUGACUAAUUGGCUUGUCUUGCGUGGCGCUAAAAAAAUUGUUUUAACCAGUAGAUCCGGUGUGAAGACAGGGUACCAAAAACUAAUGAUUACCAGGUGGACACAAAAGAACUGCACCAUUAAGAUCGAUACCAAUGAUGUGACCAGCUUAGACGGUUGUCGCAAACUGUUGAAGUCGUCAAGUGAAUUGGGCAGUGUUGGGGGAAUAUUUAAUUUGGCAGCUGUACUCAGAGAUGGCCUGAUUGAAGAUCAAACGAAAGAAGAUUUUGAAGCUGUAUGUAAACCCAAAAUAGAAGGAACAAUUCAUUUGGAUAAAUUAUCUCGUGAACUCUGCCCAGAGCUAGACUAUUUUGUGUGCUUUUCAAGUGUAUCUUGUGGCCGUGGAAACAUCGGACAGACAAACUAUGGUUUAGCCAAUUCUGCAAUGGAGAGAUUAUGCGAAAGUAGGCAAGUGUCAGGAUUCCCAGGUACAGCUAUUCAAUGGGGAGCUAUUGGUGAUACUGGAUUGGUCAUUGAGAAUUUAGGUGAUAACAACACAGUCAUUGGAGGUACUUUGCCUCAGAGAAUGUCCUCAUGCCUUCAAACAAUUGAUAUAUUUUUGCAACAACCACACCCAGUGUUGGCGUCAAUGGUGGUUGCGGAAAAGCGAAAGAAUGACAGUUCCUCUGGGGUUAGCUUAGUGACAUGUGUUGCUAAUAUUUUGGGAUUGAGAGAUAUUAGAAAUGUGCAAGACAGUUCAACCCUAGCAGAUCUCGGCAUGGAUUCUCUGAUGGGUGCAGAAAUCAAACAAACACUGGAAAGAAAUUUCGAUAUUGUCAUGUCUGCACAAGAAAUACGUAUGCUGACAUUUGGAGCCCUUAACGCCCUCACCGGUGAAUCCGCUAAUGCAACAAGUGAUUCUCCACCAGAAGCAGCGUCAUCAUCAUUAAGAAAUACACCUAGUCCAUUUGGUGAUGGAACACAAGUAGUUUUUGCUUCCGAAUUGAUGCCUACUAAAUCAAUUGUGCAGUUAAAGUCAUCCGCUCCGGCCUGCUCGAAAAAAGGACCGAUUUUCUUCGUGCAUCCAAUAGAAGGAUUCAUUAAACCACUAGAAAGACUUGCCGCUCGACUUGAUUGUCCAGUUUAUGGAGUGCAGUGCACGGCUGAUGCGCCCGUGGACUCAAUUGAUGACCUAGCAGCGUUUUACAUUAAGCAAAUUAAAACUGUGCAACCUAAAGGUCCAUACGCGAUUGCAGGCUAUUCGUUCGGAGCAUUGAUUGCAUUCGUUAUGGUCACACAAUUAGAGAAGAACAAUGAACUCGCAAAGUUAGUGAUGCUUGAUGGUGCUCCUAAAUAUGUAAAUUGGUAUACACAAUCCCACAAACAACGAUACAAUUCAUCGGAAGAUAUGAAUCAAAACCAGUCUUAUGCAUUAGCGUACUUCGGAAUGGUGUGUGGAAACAUGGAUUAUGGAGGUGUUGCCCGACUUUUAAAUAAAAUUCCAACGUGGGAAGCCAAAGUGGAGAAAUGUGCUGAACUAUUACACGCCGAAAUUGAGCAACCCAUAGAACUUAUUAAACAGGCAGCUAUAACAUUCUGGAAAAAACUAAGCGCUGCCGAUGCUUUUGAAGCAAAACGUAAAGUGAAGUGUCACGUAACACUGAUCAAACCUACAGAAAACUAUGCCAAGUUAGAGGAAGACUAUGGAUUGUCAGAGGUUUGUGAGAAAGGUGUAGAUGUCUUAACUGUCGAAGGAAAUCAUCGCACAUUUUUAAUAGAGGAAAAGUCUCUUGAAACAAUAGAAAGCAUAAUCAAGGAUAUUAUUUCUUCGUAAUUUUAAAACAACAAAAAUUGCUUGUCACUACUUAAAUAUUCUUAUAGUAACUUCUUAUAAAUGAAUUUAAAAUUCAAAUCUGUAAAUAAACAGGUAUGUAAAUGUAUAAAUAGUACAUUAUACAUACUUUAAUUAUAAUAUUGGCAUUUAAAAAUAUUUCAAAUAGAUUAUAUUUGUAGUUUAAACUUCAAAGCAUAUUAAAUAUCAAUUGAUAAUAUUAUUACUUUACUGUGUUAGCAAAGUUCUACAUUAAAUGUAUUUUAAUAUUGUUUUCUACAUAAAUGUAUUAUACAAAAUAGAUUUAAAACUUAAAUUAAUAAGAAAUAUAAUUAAUUUUAAAAUAGAAA